AGAUCGGACGCGAUGCCUUGCAAAGCCAAACCCGUUUUACUGCCCCGCCUCGUGAAUUUCCUUGCUGAGGGGGCGAGGUGGGUGUCUGGAACGAGCAAAGGGUCCCCACGUUCAACACAGAGCUGCACGAAGCCGAAGAAGCUGAAGUUUCCACGCCUCUGAUGGGCGGAGGUGACCCUUGUCUUCUCUCCCACGGGGGUCUGGUGUGCAUUUCGGGGGAGCGCCAGAGACACCUCCUGUGGACUCCACUGCUACUCCCCAUAGAGUCCUCACCAACAAAUAUAACCCUCUUCUGCAAUAAUGCUGUCAGAUUCCCAGUUCUAAGGACACCCCACCCACCGCCACCGUGUAGGCAUCUAAAUGUCAUCGAACUUGGCAACAAGGUAUGGAUGCAUAGAUGGGGAACAUGCACAGGUGUGUGUUGGAGCGGCACGCACAUGUUACACACCAAGUUACAUUCACAUACCAGUAUGCAGUUCUGAGUUUUCCUUUUUUUAAAAGUCCUGACAAGGAUUGAACCUGGGACCGUCUGCAAAAGAGGGGCUGCGAAAAUUAAAUCUUUUCUCCAGAGUGGGUGGUGAAGGAGAUGGUGGUGUGAAUGGAGGCUGUUGCUGUUGAAAGAGGGUGAGGCGAGGCAGAUGCAAUUGUGGUGGGAAGAGAUUCAAGGGGAUGCCAAGAGGAGAACUAAGUGUGGGGUGGUGGUGGUGACGGUGGGACAGACCAAUGGAGAAAGAUGCUGUACUGAAAACUUUGGCCUGAAGCCCUCAGGGAGGAGCCUGUACCCCCCUUUUUGUUUGGCAUGUGGUGGUAUUUGCCUGCUUUCCCUACCAGGAGAAGAUCCAAUCACUAGCUGAAAUUCGGCUAUUAAAAAGCUUCUUCCCUCAAAGGAGGAAUGACCCAUUCACAGAACACCUUGCUGGCAUUGCAGGACUUGGGCACCCCAUGGUCUUGGUUGGUCUUUGACUGAAGAAAGAAUCUGGAAGAAGAUCAAGGAGUUCCUUUGACCUUCGUGAAGGCUGCAUUGAAGCACGGAUCAAAGAUGAAAGAGGACACCUCUACUGUACCCAAAACAGGCAAAUGGCCCGAUGCUGCCCAGGCUGGGAGCAGUGGGGUAUUCUGGGAAAGGACUGUGCAGCAGAUCCUGGGUGAGGACACAUUCAGUUCAUAUGUACAGCGCCAGUGUUUCAGGCAGUUCCGCUACCAGGAGGCUGAAGGGCCCCGUGAGGUUUGCAGCCGACUCCACAGCCUUUGCCGUUGGUGGCUGAAACCAGAGCGAUACACAAAGAAUCAGAUGCUGGACUUGGUGGUCCUGGAACAAUUCCUGACCAUCCUGCCCCCAGAGAUGGAGAGCUGGGUGAGAGAAUGUGGAGCUGAGACCAGUUCCCAAGCAGUGGCCUUGGCAGAAGGUUUCUUUCUCAGCCAGCAAGAGGACAAGAAGCAGGAAAAGCAGCAGCAGAGAUUGUUAUCAGAAGCAGCUCCUGAUUUCCCUGAAUCAGGGAAGGCUCUGUUGGACACCAGGCAGAGGCUGCUGGCCAGGGGGACCUCACAGGGAUGUGGUGGAGGUUCCUCUUUGCUGGGAGAUGGGCUGAAAAAGCCAGCAAUACAUACUAGCUCACCUCUUCAUGUCGGUGCAAUGGAAACAGCUUCUGUGCAACUGAAUCAGUGUCUGAAAGAAAAUUUUGAGGAAGUUGCUGUGCAUUUCACGGAGGAGGAGUGGCCUCUGCUGGAUCCAGACCAAAGAGCCCUGUACAGGGAAGUUAUGGAGGAGAAUUUUGGAAAUGUAGCCUUUCUGGGCGGUGAUGGGAGGAAGGAGAGAGAACCGCACUGGGUGAUGGUGGAAAGAGCCAGAUGCAAAGUGGGAAAUAUGGAAAUAAAGAAAACGAAAGUGAAACAGAAGAAGAAGAUAGCUGAAUCCCUUGCUUCUCAUGGUGAAGUCUUCCAGGAAGUCCCAGUUCAAGAAAAAAUAGACAAAGGAAAGGAAGGGAGUAAAUGUACUCUGUGUGGGAAAAUCUUUAGUUUCCGAUCAAAACUUCAAGCUCAUUGGAAAACCCACACAGGAGAAAAACCAUUUAAAUGUCUGGAGUGUGGCAAAAGUUUCACUGACAGUGGAAACCUCAACUCGCAUCAAAGAAUCCACACUGGGGAGAAGCCAUACAAAUGCUUAGACUGUAGUAAGAGCUUUUGUAAUACAUCAAGCCUUAAGAAACAUCAAAGAAUCCACACUGGGGAGAAACCAUAUAAAUGCUCAGACUGUAGCAAGAGCUUCUGUGAUACAUCAAGUCUUUAUAAACAUCAGAGGAUACAUACAGGAGAGAAACCAUAUAAAUGUUUGGAGUGUGGAAAGAGCUUCAGUGUGAGCACAAGCCUCACAUCACAUCAAAGAACCCACACAGGGGAGAAACCAUACAAAUGCUUGGAGUGUGGGAAGAGUUUUAGUCAGAGUGCAAGCCUUGCAUUGCAUCAAAGAACCCACACAGGGGAGAAACCGUAUGCGUGCUUGGAGUGUGGAAGGAGCUUCAGUCAGAGAAUCCACCUCACACUGCAUCAAAAAACCCACAGGGAGGAGAAACCGCAAAAGUGCAAAGAGGGGGCAGUGAGCUUUAGUCACAGUAUCGCAGUGGGAUUGGUUUUUGAGUGGAUGAGGGAGAGCAAAUUGAAGCUCGGUCCAGACAAGAUGAGUUAGCUGUAGGACUCUGGUUACGAGUAGGUCAGCCUAUUAUGGAUAGGUUUGUCCUCCCCUACUUAAGAGGGAGCUAAAUGAACCAAGGUCCUGACUCAGUAUAAGCCAGUUUCCCGAGUUUCUAUUUGGGACUAGCUGUUGGUUCUGAACUCGUGCACCUUGUGGCUACAUUUUGGGAUUAGGAAAGGUGGUUGUUGUUGUUUUUAGCUGUCUCUCUUCCUUUUCUCAUUCCUGAGAUCUUCCCAGAUUGUAUGGAGAGGAGAGAGUGUAACCUCACAAUGCACAUUUUGGGCCCAUAUCUAAACUCAUUGUGGGAACAGCUGUGGUGCUGUUGGUGCUCUAGAGCUGGAGCCUUUUCAUUUCCUUGUCUCAAAGGAAGGUGUCCGUGUGCCCUUUUCUCCUGUCUGAGGGACAGAAGAACAACAUUGCUGGAUAAGGCCCAAGGCCCAUCUAGUCCAGCACCCUGUUUCACACAGUGGUCAACCAGAUGCCUUGGGAAGCCGCACAACCAGGUGAUGAAGGCAUGCCCCCUCUCCUGCUGCUGCCCCUCUGCAAGUGGUAUUCCAGGGCACAAGUACUUAUUUUUGUCAGUCUUAAAUUUCCUGGGAUGACCCCUGGUUCUAGAGCUGUGAAAGGGAAAGAAGACCUCCCAACCAAUGUUCUACAAACCACAUAUAAUUUUAUAAGCCUCUAUCAUGUCUCCCUUUGGUUGCUUUUUUCCUAAACGAAAAAGCCCCAAGGUAAGGGAAGGAGGGGUUCUUUUGCAUGUAAAAUUAUGCCUAGAAUUUUUCUCCCUCUCUUUUUUUCCUAAAUUUUUCUCCCUCUCUUUUAAUGUUUGAACUCAAAUCAGUUGAAGAGGAAAAUCUCCUUUUCUUUUGUUUCAGAAGAAAGGACCCUGAAAAUGUACCUGUUUUCCCAGGCUUUUAACUGAAAUUUAAAUUUUAAUGUGUUUUUUAUUAUUGUGAUUUUUAUCUGUUUUUAUUAAUUUUAAAUGUUUUAUAUUCAUAUAUUAUGUUUUAAUCUGUACACCGCCUAGAGAUUACUAUGUUAAGCGGUAUAAAAAUUCAGUAAAUAAAAAAUAAUGCAAUAAA